UAUACUAAAGUAGGGGGGAGGGCAGGCACUAUUCACGUUUGUUUUGAUUUUGCUUUAUUUACAACAAUACCAGCCUGAUGGGGAGUGGGUUGGGAGGGUAAUUCUCAAAAUUUCAGAGGGUAAUUUUGUCCAUGUGGCUUAUCAGGGAGCCACUCGAUUUCACGCUAUUUACAACAAGCCCGUCAGGUUUGGUCUGAUAUUGGGGCUGGUUGGAAGGGCACUUUUGUCCUAUUUGUUUGAGACGGAUUGGGUGGGUUUACUUUGCUGUCAUUCAGGGAGGGUUUCGGGGAUGGGAGGCCAUGCCUCCGAUAGAGAGGGAGAGAGAGAAACAGAGCGAGAGAGAGAGGGAGAGGGAUCCUGGCAUGGGUGAGUGGAAUGGAGACAGUGAGAGAAAGAGAGAGGGAGGGGUUGGAUGGUGAACAGAGCCGAGUAAGGUCCCCUCAGUUCAUGAAUCACUCUGGAUCGUUCGUUCCCUUUUGCAUGUCGGAUCAAUGGCUGGAUUUCGAAAGCUAAGUUCCAUUUUUUAUUCCAUUAUUUGCUGUUAGCAUAGAUGUGAACUGUUGGGUUAGGUUUUGGGGGUUCCUUUGUUUCGUUUUCUCUCAUUUUCUUUCAUUUUGGGGAUGCAUCUCUCUGUUCUGUGCAUUGCGUUCUGUUUUAAGGUCAGUUUUCUUCUUCUUUUUUGUGGCUUUUUUUUGGGGGGUUUUCAGUUUGUUCAUCUUUCACUCUGUAUUUAGAUUUUUCGUUCGUGAAUGACUGAAUGGAUAUUGGGUUUUGGUGGUUGAAAAUAUGUUUUUUUUUUCUGCUUAAGCUUCUUGCUCAUUUUCCUGGGAUUUUUGGUUUUCGGUUGCAAGGUUAAAGAGAACACUCAAAUCUCAGGUUAAAUGGGUAUUGGGUUUUGGUGGUUUAAAAUAUGAUUUUUUUUCUGCUUAAGCUUCUUGCUCAUUUUUCUGGGAUUUGUGGUUUUUGGUUGCAAGGGUAAAGAGAAUGCUAAAAUCUUAGAAAUUGGUAUUGGCUAUUGUAUUAAUGCAUUUGCAUUUUCGUUGGUUUGCAGUGUAGGUGCAUUGAGACCUAAAAAUAUUUGCGAGAACUUCAUAAAUUUUUCUGAGGCUCCGAUCCUUGAAGGGUGGUUCUGACGCGGAGGAGAAGCUGUAAGAGGUUAUGAUCUUGCUGCACUUAAGUGCAGCUGUUCUUCAACUCAUAUAAACUCUUUGAAAUUUCGAUCGUUGGAGGAAGAAGUUGGUUCCUUGAUGUUUUGAGGUUCUGUUUUGAUCAUUGGGGGUCCUACAUUGUUCUUCAUUAACAUUUGUAGCAGCUGGGCUUCCACAUCUACAAAGCCAGAGAUACUCAAAGUGUUAAUUCUGUUGCAAAUUCGCUCAUCACUGGACAAGCAGCUUAUCAGAAAAAAAGAAAAAAUUGAUGGAGAUGAUGCCGCUUCAUUUUCCAAGACCAUACUAGCCAGCAAACAAGCUCCAAAUCAGGGUUUGCAGGAAAAGCAAGAAAUUACAAUUGAAAAAGCCAAGUGUAAUAAGCAGAAAUGUAUCACCAUUGUGAAAGCACUGCAGCUUUUUGGGGAGGGGAUUGGGUGCAGAGAGAGGUGAGGGCAGGUGCACGAUUAGGGGGACAGAAAGAGAGUUGAUUGGGUCCACCAUGAACAAAGCUCCUUUGAAGUUCGAAAGCCCGAUAUGAAAUGCAAUUUCCAUAAUCCUGUUCGCCCUGAAAUCCGACAAUGUCCUCAUCUCCUCUCGCGACCUAUAUUAAGAUUGUACGACCUGGAAGUGACGGGCAUACCAAAUGGAUCCAUGGAUGGAUGAAACUAUGAAGAAGACUCAUGUCAGCCGCCAAGCUACCCGAAAACUUCCAAAUCUUGCGUGGAUUUUUCAAUGAGUUGCACACCUCAAUUCGGUUGUUGCGGUUGACAGGAUUAAAGCCCAGUUUCAGCAACAUUUACUCCCAAAUCGACUGUUUAACAGAUAGUGAUCCUGACAUGGCAGAUCCUCUUCUUCAAUGGUAAAUGACUGAAAAAUAUUGUCCCAUCACCGCGGAAAAUGAGCUGUCCAUUGUGACCAUAAUCCAUGGAGAAAAAAUUUGGGCUAUAAGAGCUCAGUGCAAAGCUUCCUGUAAGCAUGGGACAAAACCAAGGCACAGUUCCACGCAAGGUGGUUCAAUCGUUCAUUUUCGUCUAAUUGAAAGCUUGGGAAAUUGUACAGGUCCCAUUCAAGAAUUUGGUGAUGAUGGUUUCAUGAUUUGGAUGGCUGGGAGUAUAGUGUAUUUGUUUAGCACUGAAUCACAUUUUCCGCUCUUUGGCAACCCAUAAUCACCUUACAUGGUGUAGAGAAGGAUCUAUGUGUGCAGCAAGCAAAAUCCUUUCAUUCAUAUGAGCUUCUUGAUCCUCUUUAACUUCACAGCAGCUGACCUACCUGGGAUAGGUGCAUUGAGACCUAAAAAUGUAUGCGUGAACUUCAUACAUUUUUGUGAGGCUCGGAACCUUGAAGGGAUUUUGGAUCGUUGGAGUAAAAACUUGGUUCUUUGGCAUUUGAAGAUUUCAGAAAUUUGGAUCGUUGCAAGAAGAAGCUGGUUCUAUGCCGUUUUGAGAUUGAUCGAGAUGAUGUCGCUUCAUUCUCUAAUACCAUACCAGCCAGCAAACAAGCUCCAAAUCAGGGUUUGCAGGAUGUGGAUCACAAAAACCAUCGAAGAUGACCCUCAGCCACAAAGUCUUGAUUGUGUGUUUGUUGAUAAACAGGGGGAUGCAGUUCACGCGACUGUGAAUGCUCGAGACAUUCAAUUUUUUUUGGACCUUCUGACAGUCGGCGAUGCAUACGAGAUCACUAAAUUUCGUGUUGUUCACAACAGGACAUCGAGCAAAGUUGUCCCUCAUCCUGCGGCGCUUGAAUUAAAUAGGAGAACCACAUUCGUUCCAAUUCACAAAACAAAUCAGGAGAUCCCAAAGCAAUGGUUCAAUUUGAUUGACCUUGAUCAACUUCAUAAGAGAAUCAACAACGAUGUUGAACUUACAGAUGUGUUUGGUCAUUUAACGGCUGUGCAGCCGAUUGAAGACGUGACUGUCCAAAGCUCAAGAAUUGCGAAGAAGAGGAAUCUUAACUUGCAAGACAUCAGGGGCGAAACGAUUAGGAUCACCUUAUGGGGAGAAGCUGCAACAACUUUUGAGGACAGUGGAAUAAAAUCCCUUCCACCACCUAUCUUCCUUGCUGUAACAAGCCUCAAAGUCAAAGAAUACCGAGGAAACCCUGUUCUUGGAAGCACUGGAUCAACUGUUUGUAUUUUCAAUCCAGAGAUUCCACAGCUCACCCAAUACAAACAAAAGUUUAAGGAUCUGAAAUCACCUGUUCAAACCUUACGCACCUCAGCGGAAAUGUAUGCAGACCGUGCUGUUAGUCCUAAUUUUGAGUCCAAAACAAUUGAUGAGCUCCUUCUACUUGAUCCUGCUUUGCACAAAAAUGUAAGUUUUGAAUGCAAAGCGACUGUCAUUGGAUUUGAUUUGAGUAGAGGUUGGUGGUACAAGUCGUGCCCAUUCUGCCAUAAAGCUGUCAAAAAAACUUCCGGAGCAUUUCAGUGCAAUGAACAUGGUUCAUUAAACAGGUUACCUGAACCAUGGUUCAAAAUCAAUCUUAUAGUGGAAGAUAGCACAAAUCAGCACAAUUUCCUCAUGUUAGGAAGGAACGCUGAAAAGAUACUUCAUGUUUCUUGCCACACUUUGGUAAUAGAAGACGGAUAUGACGAUCCCUUCAUGGUGCCACCACCUCUAAAAAAAUUGGUGGGCGAGACAAAAAGAUUUUUGCUAUCUUUUGGCAAUCAAAACAGUGAUUUUAGGAAGACAGACUUCAUCAUUUAUGGAUUGCUUCAAGAUCAGCUGCCCUUGAACACAGCAAUUGCCUCAAUCGACCCACAAACGCCUACUGCCACUGCAGGAAAACAAAUUAUAACUGAAGCGACUCCUGCCCCAGUGACACCUUCCCAGCGGCCAGAUCACCAUCCCCAAUCGGUUGUACCUCUCAAAACUUCAAAGAGACCAUUGUUCAUUGAUCAAGCAGACAAACCAGACAGCAAAAAAACUCGCACCGAGCAAAUAGAGGUAACCAAUUCUGCUAGAAUUGCCAGAGAAUUCCACAAACUGGUUGUCCCUAAGAUUGAGCCCGCCGAUAAAGAACCGAUAGCUGCGCUCAAAACAAAGUCUCAAACCAAAAAAACCAAGGAUAGUGCUCAAGAUGUUCGCCCACCAAAAAAGUGAAUGACUACAUUCUCCGUGAUGAAUUGCUACAAAGUUACUCUGCAGUUUUUUGCCUUUAAAACAUGUGUAGCUGAAAACUUAGUCAAAACAUUUUUUUGAGCUUUUUGUAACUGCUUAAACAGGUUUCUAGGCUGCAGGGCAUGUAUUUUGUCACCUUAACUAUAGGGACAAAAUAUGUGUGGACUGCAUCUUCCUUUUGUAACUAAUGGAAAACUGCAUCCUGCAUCUUUAUUCCUUUGAA